GGGCACCGACGGUUUCCUCAACAUAUUCAUGGCGAAAUCGUACACGUUUCAGGAAGGAUACCUUAUCGGGUGGCAAAUGUACAACCGAAUUGACAGCGACAGUUAUUUUGUGGAUGUGUUUCGGCCCGUUGCUGGCGCUCAGGGGACAUUCGACUUGGUGCACUCGACGAAAGUCAACGGUACAACUGCUGGAAACAAGACCAUACUGGUCGCAACUGCCUUCAAGGUUCAAACUGGUGAUUAUAUUGGUGUUCACACUGACGGGAGUGGAACGUACGGGUUGGCAAUGGAACUUAGCAGAAUAUCUUCGGCGGAUUGGCCAACUUUCAACAAGAGAACGUUCAGCGACUAUUUCGUCACGAGUAAGAGAGUCUCUUUGCCAAGAUACGCCAAAGGCAGACAAGUGGCUUUGAGAGCUGUUGUUGUCAGUGAUCCAUUCAAAGGGACUGGUACCUGUGACCAAUACUUUGUCAAACUGUCUACCAUCCUGACAAAGUCAGUCCUUUCCCAGGUAUCUCACUCUGCAGCCGAAUGCUCCUUCCUGUGUGUGAGGACCGCAUCUUGCAAUAGCUUCAGCUUCGACUCGACUACCAACAUCUGUAAGCUGUACUUUGCUGUGAAGACACACUUGUCCUACAUGUGGCAACUGCCAUGUGUCUGUCAUGUGGUCCGAUGUGCCGAUCAGCAAAGUCUCUGA